UGUUGUUCGGGUGAACUGACAUGUUUCUGGCCGAGAACGGCUCACACCCAGCGGGUCUCCGAGCUGUCAGAAAACCACAAUAUCAUGGCUGCUGGAACCUUUAUCUGCUGCAGUUUGAGAAGUGCCAGAAGACUCUUCGCUCGGUGCCACAACAGGGGGGUCCAGCGGAUGUUUUCCAGCGCUACGCACCAGGAAAAUGAGAUUGAACUCCGAGAUCCCACAUUGACUACUGCAAACUUCCAGAGCAGAACCAGACUGGAGAGGUUAACAGAUGAGAACGUCGUCCCAUUUUCUGCCUUCUUGACCGACAGCUUUGGCCGCAGACAUAACUACCUGCGCAUCUCCCUGACUGAGAAAUGCAACCUUCGCUGUCAGUAUUGCAUGCCAGAGGAGGGUGUGACGCUCACGCCGCGGGGCCAGCUGCUCUCCACCUCAGAGGUUCUGACCCUGGCUCGGCUCUUUGUCCGAGAGGGAGUGGAUAAAAUCCGCCUCACUGGAGGGGAGCCCCUCAUCAGACCUGAUGUUCUGGAUAUCAUUGCUGAACUGAAGAAGCUGGAGGACCUGAAAACUGUUGCAGUUACAACCAACGGCAUGAACCUGUCCAAACUUCUGCCAAAGCUGAGAGAAGCCGGUCUGGACUUGAUUAACAUCAGCCUCGACUCAUUGGUUUCAGCUAAAUUUGAGUUUAUAGUCAGACGAAAAGGUUUUCAUAAAGUUAUGGAGAGCAUUGAUAAGGCAGUUGAAUUGGGCUACAAUCCAGUCAAGAUCAACUGUGUGGUGAUGAGGGGCCUGAAUGAGGAUGAGCUGUUAGAUUUUGUGCAGUUCACAGAAAAAAAGCCUGUGGAGGUGCGCUUCAUUGAAUACAUGCCCUUCGAUGGAAACAAGUGGAACUUCAAGAAGAUGGUGAGCUACCAGGAGAUGCUGGACCAGAUCAGGCAACAGUGGCCCAAUCUGGAAAGGCUUGAGGCUGGACCUGCUGACACCGCCAAGACGUUUAAAGUUCCAGGUUUCAAAGGUCAGAUGGGCUUCAUCACCUCCAUGUCCGACCACUUCUGCGGCUCCUGUAAUCGUUUGCGGAUCACUGCAGAUGGAAAUCUCAAGGUGUGUUUGUUCGGUAACUCGGAAGUUUCCCUCAGAGACGUUCUCCGUUCUGGAGCAUCUGAUGAGGAGCUGCUACAAAUUAUUGGAGCUGCCGUGGGCAGGAAGAAGAAACAACAUGCAGGGAUGUUCAGUAUCUCUCAGAUGAAGAACAGACCUAUGAUCCUUAUUGACAUGUCUGGGGUGUGUCGCUCAAGGCCAAAAAACCAACAGAGGGCUUCAUUCAUCGUCGCUGAGCUAAAAAGUGGCCCGUUCCUUUCUCUGACUGUGUCUCUUGAUGCACAUUUUUCUAGCAUCUGGAGAUUCCUGAACAGACAGGAGGUUCUGUGCCUUCCAGGCUGCAAUGCUUCAACACAAACAGCCUUUUGUUGCUGCUUUAGGACCUCAGCGAGUGGCGGUUCACUCAUUAAGACCCAUAACGGCAAAGAAAAGUGCCACGAUGUGAUUUUCACCAGCUGUCACACUAAGACGGCAAGUUUUCAAAAACGCACAAAUAUGAACUUCAUAAAUGAAGACUGCCUCAGGUAUGUGCAAGCAAGUGUUCCUAAUAACCCGAGGAGCCGGUUCCUUUCUGCUUUUUGCACACUAAACGCCAAACUGAAUCAGAAAGAUCAAAGUGUCAGGAUGUUUCACAGUCAAAGUUCUGUUGAAGACCACACACAUCAGACCCCAUCAGCAUUAGACAGCCCCAGUAACGCUAAAGCCCAGCUGACACACAUAGACGCCCAGGGCCAAGCCACCAUGGUGGACGUUGGGGGAAAACUUCCCACGCCUAGAACAGCCACAGCCGGUGCCACCAUCAUCCUGGGCACCGUUGCUUUCCGCCUUCUUCGGGACAACCAGCUGGCAAAAGGUGACGCCUUAACUGUGGCUCAGCUUGCUGGCAUCAUGGCAUCAAAGCAGACCUCGUCCCUCAUUCCGCUCUGCCACCCGCUCCCGCUGGACCACACCUCCCUCACCUUUCAGCUGGACGAGCCCCACUGCUCAGUUAUUAUCACUGCGACCUGCCGCACUACGGGAAGGACCGGGGUGGAGAUGGAGGCGUUGACGGCCGCCUCCGUGGCGGCGCUCACAGUCUACGACAUGUGCAAGGCCGUGAGCCACGACAUUGUCAUCUCAGAUGUGAAACUGCUAAUCAAGACUGGUGGGAAGAGAGACUUUCACCGUCAAUAAACACAGGAAACUGAACUGGAAGCAAGAUGAAGAAGGUCCUUUUCUGCAAACCCAAAUGUGUGCCAUUAAGCAGGGUUCCUACACAUUUCCAUUACAAAAUCCCAUACUUUUCAGGAAUCAGAUUACUAGAUUUUUCUGUAUUGUUUUAGAAGAUUCUGGAUAUUUAAUUACAAAGUGUUGACUCUAACCUGCUUGAGUAGUAGUUGGGUCUUACGAUCUUUAGGCUGGAACUAGCUUCAGAUUUUUAAGUAUGUUAUUGGAUCAAAAUCCUAUAUGACUUGUUGGCAUCUUAAUUACCUCAGAUCUGCUCCAUUUCAAAAUCAGUAGCUCUUUUGCCAAGAACUAAAUGGAAAGUCUAAGACUAUUUAUGGAUUCUUGAUAGCACAGUUGGUGAACUCUGGUACCUUUUGGUGAAAUUCCUAAAAAAAACAUAGUUUUGUGUUUUGUUUGGAAUUUUAGAUCAACUUUAAGAACCCCGUGUUCAGUUGGAGCCGAAACAAGUAGCAAAAAUGCUCGUUUUUUAUUCACGAACGGAAGAAUCAAGGUGUGGCAAAUAAACAGAGAAGAAUUUUGACCAGAUCAAUGUAAAACCACUCCCUUACUGAUUAUUAUUAGACUUUUGUCUUGUAGAAAUUAUAGAAAGAAUGUCUGGAAAAUCAAAUGUUUUUCAUUACUCGGUUUUCUUUUUUCUAUACUUAUCCUGGAAAGUUAUUUAAAGACUUUUCCAAACUGUGUAGGAACCCUGAUUAAGGCUCUCUAAAAGCUCCCACUAUCGUAAUUUAAUUUGAUUGUAGUCUGACCUUUACUAUGCUUGAAGAUCAAUUAGUUAUUCAAAUCAUUUUAAGAAAACGGUGUUAACUCUGCCUUUAAUUCAUGUUUUGUAAAAACUAUUAGUGUCUCAUUGUUUUCUGUUGGUCUGUAGAUGUUACAAGCAUAUUAAAAUGUGUUUCUCAUUUAAAAACAAACUGGGCAUUACUGAUGUUUGCGUUCUGAAUGUAUUUCAUUAUCUUAAAUUGACUUUGAAGGUGUGCCUGUCUCAUGUUUCACACCUCAUCUCAUGUACAUUGUUGUACCCAACAUCAUCAAUGAAUGCCUUUUAUAUAAAGUUAUUUAGUUAAAUGCAAUCUAGCUUCUUCCUAUAGAAUGUGUUGGUCUCAUUUUAUGAGGUUUAUUUUUGCAUUUUUAUACUUCACAAGAUGUCUUUAGUCUACUUUGUAUAUUAGAUGAAUUCUACACAACACAAUGAUAAUCCUCACUGCUGAAAUGGUCUGAGCGUUAGUUUCUUUUGUCAUGGUAAAUCGUCGUAUUCAGUCGGAUUCCUUAUAGUUUUUACAUUAAAAAAAAAAAAAAUUUCAGACCAUGAGUUACUGGUGAGUUGUUUGGAAUUUACAGCAGACUAUUUUAGUUUUAUAGAAUUUAUUCUACAGAUUUUUCUAUGAAAUGGUCCUUUUGUUCACUGAAAUAUGAUUUCACUGAAUUUGGAUUAAGAACAUGUUUUCAUGUGAAAAAGUAAAAUAAACUGGACAGCUGGACUGGA